AUGUGGGUAGGGGGGGGUGGGCUAGACAUUCAGCCUAGCUCUUCGUCAGACGAAGCGCAGCACGGCACGACCCCGAACGCCUCCGGCCGCGAGGGGGGGCUGAAGCCUACGUUGGCCGACAGACCGGCAGACGCUUUCGACUGCGAGUUAGACGUCGUUCUGAAAAGGUCUGCGGCUUCGAGUGGGCUCAACGACUCCGAGAUCGAAGAGGCGAGGGUGGCGGCAAGGGAUGCCGUCAGAGAGGCGUUGCGGAAACCCGGGGGUCUCCCUCCGCGUUCCGUCGAUGGGGUCUUGUCGGCAUCCUGCAACCUGCAGGUGAAAGGCUUGCCCCUUUACCACGACAAGGGGCAAACGUGCUGCAAGGCGGCCCAUAAACGACCGGCACAGCAGCAGGCUCAUUCCAAAGACAACGGGCCACAAGGGAGGCGUGGGCUGGAGGCGGAGGAAGGGGAGGGAGUUGAACCCCUGCCUGGGGUGCUGAGAACGACGCAGAGAGCGGAGGCGGCCGGGGGGGACGAGGUGGCGUGCUUGCCAAGCUUCAUUAUCGCGGGAACGCAGAAGAGCGGUACUACGGCGCUCACGGGCAUACUGGAGAAGCACCCGCAGGUUAUGAUGGCGGAACGGAAGGAGCUCCAUUUCUUCGACCACAAGAAUCCGAACCAGCUCAACGCGGCAUCGUACGCGUUCAACUUUCCAAGUUUUAAUGCCUCCCAGGCGGCGGAACACCGAGCGCCGUUCGUGGUGGGGGAGGCGACGCCGUUCUACCUUGCCAGCCGAAAGGCCUGCAUGAACAUGAGAAAACUGGUCCCGGACGUCCGGCUGUUGGUUCUCGUGAGGGAUCCUGUUAAGCGGGCCUACAGCGAGCACCAGAUGAAGGUGCGGCGGGUGGAAGAACAAGGGGAGAUGUUGGAGCUCUUGCCCCUCCACGCGAACAAAAUCUACGACUGCGCCGUGAAGCUCUUUCCCUCCUUGGACGGCGAGGACAUCUCCGAAAGCGAGAGGUCGCUCUUGAGCCAGCCCCAGGAUUUGAGCCCCGCCAUGGGCGAGUGCGCGGGAGAGAUCGGGCUGCACGGGAAGUGGAUGGACGUCAUGAUCCCCUUCGUCCGCAAGGUGAGGGGCAAGUUGCCCAGGAGAGUGAAAUCGAGUGACAAGCCUGUGGACACCAAGUACGCUUUGGAGGUGUUUCGCGAGGACAUGAGCCGGUGCUUCCCGCUGAAGACAGUGGUCGACGAGCUGCAGACGCUUCACCCGGACGGUGCUUGGAGGCAGGGGUGGGCCCGAACCCCCGCUAUGGGUUUGAGCGACAAGCGUGAUGCAGCGGAGAGAUUUGCGAAGCCCUUGCGUCCCAAGUUCGGCGGUGUCGGCGGCGCCCCGGGCAAGCCGCGACGGGUCCCCGGGAAGCUAGGGUUGCAGCAUCGAGGCCUACACCAGUACUACGAGGAGCGAGGGUGGACGGCGGAUGACCUCUUUGCUCAAGACCACGACGGCGUCACGGAGUUCUACUGGAACUCCACCUCGGGACUUUCUGCCGCCGCCGCUGCCGAUGGUGAAUACUUCGGUUUGUACGGCCCGGCAGACUUGGGGUGGGGGGGUGAAGGCUGGGCAGCAGCGGAGGACGGCUUGGUCGGGGACCACGCCGAGGAGCGAAGACGAGGUGGAGAUGACGUGUACGGAGCGGACGCGCUGACAGAAGAGGAGGGGGAGGUAGGGGCGUAUUUUGAGGAGCGAGGGGUGUGGGACAGCGAUGCGGCGGCGGUGGAGCACUGGGGAAGACGGUUAUCGCCCAAGCACGGGGUACUGCCCGACGUGCCGUGGCCCGAAGUGUGGGGUUCUUGGGGGGAGGCCGGCGAGAGGACCUUCGAUGUGACCUGCUACCAGCGCAUGGAGAGGGUUGUGGCUGUCGAGACCGUGAUGAAGGCGGAGAUAAGGAAGCUCAAGCACUGCUUCAACAAGGCGUUGAGCGAUCUCGGGGGGCUAAGCGGCCUCGAUGAGGCAGACCCAGCUGCUGCGGCGGAGGCGUUAGACAGUGAAUUAUCCAAGUGCUUCGACGUGACGCCGGGCAUUUCGGACCAGUACAUCUAUAGGAGUUUGUACGGGAUCCAGGCGUACCACUGUUUGAAGUACAUACCGCGAAAUCAGGUGAUGUUCAUCGAGAGCGAUGAUCUUCGAGACAAGCCCGAGGAGGUUCUGCCGAGGGUACACGAACACAUCGGAGUCCCGGACUUCCAGUACCCCUCUCUGGGGCAAGAUGCCAUCAUGGCGGAGCUUGAGAAGAAGUACCCCGACUUCGAGAAGCGAACAGGCUGGAGGCUUGACAGCGCGUACAAGGAGGAGAUCCCGGAAGCCCUGGCUACGGAGAUCCGAAAUUUUGUUGCGUCGGAUAUGAAGAUGUUCGCGCGGCUGACGGGGCAAAGCUUCAGGGACUGGGCCAUAGACGACAGAAAUAAACAGGAGGCGAUGGUGGGCGGGAACGCACGGCCGGACGAGCUGUUCGAAGAAGAGUUCGUCAAGGCGGCGAGCCGUAUGGCCGAGGCGAAGAAAGCUUCCGGUAGGGGCACCAGCGGCGGCGACAGAAAUGCGCGAAAAAUGGCGGCAGCAGCCGACCCUUCACCAGCAAAUAGCGAACCAAGGUCCAACACCGAGGGAGACGCGAGUGCCGCUGAUGGUCCCCAAUGGAAUCCGCUUGCUGGCGAAGGUUUGGGGUCGCCGAGUUCGGAUUUCGACCAUGAAGUUUAGGGGACUACUUUGGUGUCUUGUGAUGCUGCACCGAUUAUUGCUCGUGAUUCUCCCCCGAUUCGCGGCGUCGCUUGUGGAAGGCGACUAGGAGAAAGUGAGCGAACCGGUUCGUCGCGUAGCGUAGGAGGUCAAGAGGGCCCACGGAUUUAUUUUUGGGGAAGCACAACGCCAAGCUGCAUUGAGGACCAAAUGGGGCGGGGGUCCAUCGUAUGGAAUUUGGUGUGGUUUUCCAUGUAAAGCCCACAUAAUGGUUAUUGCAUACCUGGAAGGAUUUAAUAUGGUUUAAAUACUGGUACCAAGGCCAAUACAGUACUUAUGAAAUACGUCGUUUUUGCUGUAACCGCGUUAAAUCCUAUUCAACGGGCCUCUUGACCAAACUGGACUGAAGCGCGGAAAAAGUUAUCGGGGGGAGGGGGUGGGGGGGGGGAUAGCGGUGCCUUCAAUAUGUAAAUCCGUUGGUCCUCUUUUCUUUUACGAGCGCACCGGGAUUCCAUCCACUCCCCACACCUUUGUGAAUUGGCCGCAAAAUACGGGUGUUACUUUUGCAAUGUAUUGUGUGCUGAGUGUCGGACGCGUCAAGCGUUCAGUUGUGCUGGUGCUGUUGCUGGUGCUGUUGUGGUGUUGAGCGGCACUUUUUUGACGCCCAAACACCUGUCGACUGUCGACUACCGUAAGUGUGCGUGUUGUUGCACCCCCGUGUUGAUGUUUUUCUACACCGUAUUUGUCCACAACCAGGGAGGUGUUACCUCCGAAACGGGUGGUUUUGGAAGCAUCUCGUCGAGGGCGGUAUCAGUUGGUGUUCGCACCAUCCUAGUUGUGGAGAAAUACGCUAUAGAAAAACGCCAUCACGGGGGUGCGAAAACACGCACAAAUUCGCUGUAUUAUUGGCGGCGGUGCUGAAAUAUGGUGAUAUCGAACAAAAAAUCCUCGUCCAGUUGUUGUUGUCUCUUCUGCAGGCUUAGAUUUCGCUGUAGUUUGCAUGAGAGUCUGUCUACCAUUGUCUGCCCGGUGGCAACUUAGCAUGUCAAAGUUGCGGCUCCUGAAAACGAAAUAUUGUAAACCUCCUUCAGGCUUAUGUUGUACGUCUUACGGGCUUCGUCCCGUCCUGUUUCAAGCCUGUUCGCAAUGGUGUGUUGUUUGUUGCUCCCUCCGGUAGAUUUCGAUGAGAAGAAGUGACAUGCAUAACUUUGGUGAUCCUUGGCGAGAUGCUUGAUGUUGGUAGUGUCCUACUGUAGGCCUUCUGGGAUGGGUUUCCUUGCGUGGGUCUUGCACUGUUCUCCGAAAUCUAUCAGCGUUUUGCCCAGUAUGUAUGCGCCUUUGAGGUAGGGGUCGUUAUUGAACUACUUCUACUGCUGUAGGAGUUGCCAGGGUCUUGACCAGGGGUCCGGUAUAAGGGACUAUCUAAAGUACGGAAAAAGCAGGCAACGGUGGUAGAUACGUGUGUGGCACGUUGUGGGCGGAAUAAUUUGCUGGCUUCCAGCAGUGUCACAAAUAGCCAGCGUGUUCAUGCUACAUUCUUCCAUCCCCUUUUUUUGCAGCGUAGACGUUUGUGAAGUGUCAUUCAACACAUGGGAAAAAAGGACUGCAAGGUUCGACCAGUACAUAUUCAACCAAAGCUUGGGGGAUAUGAGAUCAGAGAAGUAAAGCGUCCCGUUGCUAUUUUCACGGUCCGCUGAGCAAGGAGAGGGGCGAAGGGUGACUCGGGGUGCCGAAGGCGUCGGGUGUUAGCUUUGCCAGAGAAGCAGCGGUUUUGUCCUCAAACGCGGCACCUGUGUACUGAUUCUGUGCUCCCAACUCUCAUCUCACGUUUGCUUGCGGAUCGCGAAAGCCUGUUCACUGAUGUUGAGGCCAUCGGUUUGGGCCACACGUUCGCCAAGUCGCGUCAGAGGUGCAAUCCUCCUCUGCACAGGGAGGAAAUGCCGUUCGGUACAGCAGUGAACGUCCGCACCAAGAACGUUUUUGGCCGGAGGCCCGUGUCUCUUUCUUUGUGGGGUAUCGCAGCAUCGGCCCUGUAGGUUUUUUGUUAAGGAACUUUAGCU